AGACCGGUGGGGACGGGGCGGGGCGCAGCCUUGCGAAGCCCUAACGCAGCGCUGGGGAGGGGGGCGGCCGAAAGGGGGGCGGUGGUCGGGCCGCGCAAGCGGAGAUGGAAUGGGGCCCGGGCUCAGACUGGUCACGGGGGGAGGCUGCCGGCGUGGACCGCGGGAAGGCGGGGCUGGGGCUCGGCGGGAGGCCACCCCCGCAGCCGCCCCGGGAGGAGCGCGCCCAGCAGCUGCUGGACGCGGUGGAGCAGCGGCAGCGGCAGCUCCUGGACACCAUCGCAGCCUGCGAGGAGAUGUUACGGCAGCUGGGCCGCCGGCGCCCGGAGCCGGCUGGUGGCGGGAACGUCUCAGCCAAACCUGGAGCGCCCCCCCAGCCGGCUGUCUCCGCCAGAGGCGGCUUUCCGAAGGAUGCUGGCGAUGGAGCUGCGGAGCCCUGACCAUCCCCGAGCAGAAUACCCUGACUUCUCUCCCUCCCCAGGGCCGGUGGCUGGACUCUGAACAACUCCCUUCAGUAAAGGGGCCAGUCUUCACUGGCAGUGGCUGGUACUUGGCUCUCAGCCUGGAGUGGCAGCUCUGCUAGCAGCUGGGUUCACUCCCACUUCAUCCUGGCUGAAAGCAGUGCUGUGCUUUGAAAUGCAGCCAAUGAAUACCCAGUCUGAUUACCCAGAUUUGGGCAGACCAGCAGUGCUCGCCAGAGUGGUCUGGCCUGCUAUGGGGGAUCCAGGUGGUGUUACAUGUCCAUUUCAUGUUUUGGGGGCUUUUAGCCCCACAAAACACCUUCAGCAGAGCCUUGAUUAAAAGGAAACCUGCAGACUCUC